UGAUCUCUUUGUCCAAAAUAUAGGAAAAGUCCACUGUGGAAUACUGUAAAGUUGUCUGACACGCUAGUACUAUGAAGUCCAGCCAUUUGUUUAAAAUAGUAUAAUAAUCCUUGAAGCUCCUAUAAAAAUAGGUACUGAAAUAUACCAAAAACCAAGCCAACUAAAGCUUUAGCUCCCAAAAGCUCUAGUAAACUCAAACUCAAACUCACUUGAUCCCCAUAUCUUCUUGUUUGCUUAUUAGUUUGGUCUAAAGAUGGGUUCAAUCAGCGAAAUGAUGAAGCCGCAUGCAGUGUGUGUUCCAUUUCCAGCACAAGGACAUGUUAACCCCAUGAUGCAACUAGCCAAGCUUCUACACUCAAGAGGCUUCCAUAUAACUUAUGUCAACACUGAGUUCAACCACAGGCGAUUAAUCAGAUCGAGAGGUCCGGACUCUGUGAAAGGCCUACCUGACUUUCAGUUUGAGACCAUACCAGAUGGUUUGCCACCAUCAGAUCGUGAUGCAACCCAAGAAGUUCCACCUUUAUGUGACGCAACUAGAAAGAACUGUUUAGGUCCAUUUAAAGAGCUUUUACAUAAGCUCAGAAGUUGUUCUGAAGUGCCUCCAGUCACUUGCAUCAUUACUGAUGGGAUCAUGACCUUUGGUAUAAAAGCUGCUAGGGAGUUUGGGAUUCCAGAGGUUGUUUUCUGGACUGCUUCUGCUUGUAGCUUCAUGGGGUACCUCCAAUACGAUGAACUUGUUAGAAGAGGCAUCGUUCCUUUCAAAGACGAAAGCUUCAUGCUAGAUGGUACUCUUGACACACCAAUAGACUGGAUUCCAGGCAUAAGAGAUGUAAGACUGAGGGACUUGCCAAGCUUCUUGAGAGUGACAUCAACCGACGACAUAAUGUUCGAUUUUCUCGGAUCACAAGCAAAGAACUGCCUGACUUCUUCCGCUAUAAUCUUCAACACAUUCCGAGAGCUAGAGCUAGAAGUACUAGAUUCGAUCUCGGACAUGUACCCAAACAUCUACACUAUAGGACCACUUCCUAUGCUCAACCGUCAUCUUCCAGCUGAAAGUCAAGUCAAGUCCAUGAGUACAAGCUUAUGGAAAGAAGACUCAACAUGUCUCCAAUGGCUCCACAAAAGAGAACCCAAUUCAGUUGUGUACGUGAACUAUGGAAGCAUCACAACAAUGACUGAAGACAAUUUCAGAGAAUUUGCUUGGGGACUUGCUAAUAGUAAACACUCGUUUGUGUGGAUAGUUAGGCCUGAUGUUAUAAUGGGUUCUAAUUCAGCCACUGUUUUGCCCGAAGAAUUUUUCGAGGAGAUUAAGGAUAGAGGGCUGCUGGCAAACUGGUGCCAACAAAAGGAAGUUUUGGAACAUUCUUCAGUUGGGGUUUUCUUAACCCAUUGUGGUUGGAACUCCACUGUGGAGACUGUGUGUGCUGGUGUGCCUGUGAUUUGCUGGCCUUUCUUUGCUGAUCAGCAAACCAACUGUCAUUUUGCUUGUAAAACAUUGGGUAUUGGGGUGGAAAUUAGCCCUGAUGUCAAAAGAGAGGAAGUCACUGGGCUUGUGAAGGAGAUGAUGGAAGGGGAGAAGGGGGAGAAAAUGAGGGAAAAGGCUUCGUAUUGGAAGAAGAAAGCAGCUGAAACUACUGACAUUGGUGGUGAUUCUUAUCAUGAUUUUGACAAAUUGAUUAAGAGUCUCGGCUUUGAUGGUAGGGACUAAAGAAGUAUUCGGAUUAGUGGUUUAGUUAUAAUGGACUGCCUUUAAUAAAAAGAAAUAUUCAAUGAUUUGAAUGUAUUAGUAUCACACAUGAUAUGUAAGCUGGUAGUGUAUGAUUUAUAUUAUCUGUAUUCGGGUUAGUGGUUUAGUUUCAAUGGACUGUCUUUAAUAAAAAGAUAUAUUCAAUGAUUUGAAUGUAUCAGUAUCACACAUGA